GUGAGACCGGAGUUGGUCCGACUCGAGAUGGGUGAGCAAUACAAGAAUUGUCGCACCAUAGAGGGAGAAGCUGGAAGCACGGUCAAAGAAGUAUAGAGGUCGGGUGUAUCAGUCGGGCAAAACCUCAGCACCUGGAGCUGGUGAUGAAACGGCACGAGCAGAAGUGGUGGUAGUGUUGCUAGCUGAUUUUAGCAGGGCUACAGUGGUAAAUGCAGACAUGCUGCCAAACGCCUUCAGCCUAGCAAAACAGACUCUACAAAGGUCAGCAACACCAACCACUUUGGAAGACAACAUUUUCAAGAGGGUGGAUGUGAUAGCCUUAGAACAGCUGCUAAGUUUUGCAGGCAUGAUAAGACCUUACUCUUGCUGGUGUACUAAUGCAAAUACAACUUGCCCAGUCCACAUUCCAGUAGUUCCUCUCCACAAGGUUCUCAAUGUGUCAUGUGAUGACCUGAGUGUAUACUGCUGCAAAGAACGAGACUUGCCCAUCAGAACAAAUCACAUGGUGACCACUGCAGAAGACCUCAGUAGAUUCUUAGACACAACUAUUGAUAGUCUGAGGCCUCAGAAAAGCAAGAUACUGGUAGAAAGUAGAAAUGAAAGCUUACCAGAGAAAGGGUUUCAUAGCCUCUAUAAUCACAGUUCUCCACAAGUUAAGAUAGAGGCCAGAUAUAGAUAUAUCAAUGAAACUGUAAAGACUGAUCACACAAGUACACAAAUUCGCAACAUUGAAGAUAAAAUAAUUCUUGCACUGAAAGAUAUUGUGGACCACCUAUUGGCUGCAUCUGCACAGCUACACACGGUAAAGUUAUCUCGCCAAAAGAGAACUCUUGUUUCUUCUUCGGAAAAUGCAGCUGAAGAAAUUAACUCUUUAGAAACAGGAAUAACACAUCUUCAAGCAUUCAGAAAAUUCAUAACUAGUGAGCAUAAUAUUAGUAAUGCUAUAUUUGCAAUGAAUGAUCUUGCUGUGCCAUAUGACAGUCUAGGCUGGUUCUCUAAGGUAGUAGAGAAAGGAAUAGAUAUAUCCAUGCAUGUUGUCAUCAUGGUGGUAGUAAUGUUGGUUGCUUCACAAGUUGUAGCUGGUGUUUUUCACAUUAUUCAAGAAACUUGUUUAAUUUGCAAUUAUAUAGGUUAUGCCAAUGUGGCAGGUAUUGCUUAGUCGUGCAAAAUCAUUGAUGUAUCAUAAAAUAAUUAAUGUUUAGAUUUUCACAAACAUUUUCUUAAUACAGAAGCACAAGUUUUAAUUUUUUUUGAUAAAGUACAGUGGAACCUCAGUUUUCAUGAUUAAUUCAUUCCAGAAAGUCUGACGAAAACCAAACUGUACAAAAACUGAAGCAAUAUUUCCCAUAAAAAAUAACGUAAAUUCAAUUAGUCCGUUCCAGACACCCAAAAAUAUUUACAAAAAAUACAUUUUAUAGAGAAUAACUAUAGUUUUACAUACAGAAAACAAUGAGAAAUAUAAAUGACUAAUGAAAUGGAUAAAUGAACACUGAAUAUCACUUUUACCUUUAUUGAAGACUCUUCUUGGCAUAUAGAAGACAGUGAGAAGGGGAGAGGAAGGAGGAGAGCUUAUUGUUUAGAAGUGGAAUCCCCCUUCAUAAGGACUUCAGGUAUCAAGGCCCUCUCCUGGGUUAUUUCCCUUCUUUCUUUUACUGGCACUGGGACCAGCUUAGGUCACUGGACUCUUGUCGCAUAAAAAAAAAAAAUGUUCAGAGGUCUGUUUCUGGCAUCUCUAAGAUUUGCCCAAAAUGGAACAAGGCAUUGUCAUUGAGCAUGUUGCAGUCAGAAUGCUUGCAACAGCUUUGUUAGGGUGAUAUUUCUCCACGAAACUUUGCAACUCAUUCCACUUUGCACACAUGUCCUUAAUCACUGAUGAAGGCACAUUCUCACAAUGCUCACUCAAGAAACAAAGCCAGACUAAGUCAGAACGUAUGGGAUGAUUUGUGUGGGCCCCAGGCAGGCGGGCAUGUUUGGUACGGCGGACCAUUGUCAACUCUAUGAAAACCAAGCGGAUGUACGAAAACUGGGACAAAAUUUAAAUGAAAAAAGUCGUUGAAAACCGAAUCCUAUGAAAACCAGGGCAUACGAAAACGGAGGUUCCACUGUAAUGGCCUUGUAUUUGAUUAAUAUGACUUAAUGGCAGUGUACAUUUUUUUUUUUUUUUUUUUUUUUUUUUUUUUUUUAAGAUUUGAAAGCUGGCUUUUAGUAGAUUUAAGGUCAUCUUUCACUAAAGGGGGGAGAAUCAUUCAUGAACUGAUAGGGAAGCCAUUUUGGUGACAAUUUCAAAUAGUCAGUGAAUUGAAAGAAAAAGAUAAAUUGUCUUCAGUGUUCUCUUUUAACGUUGUGGCACGUUUUCUGAGAUCGUAUUUUUUCCUGUUUGCUUUAAGUUUUGCAAAAUUUUCUUAAAAACCUGCAUGCUUUUCCUAUCCCAGUACAGUACAUGUUAUCUUUAAUAAAGUGAGCUACCAUACAUUAUGUAAAAAAUACAGUGGACCCCCGCAUAACGAUUACCUCCGAAUACGACCAAUUAUGUAAGUGUAUUUAUGUAAGUGCGUUUGUAUGUGUAUGUUUGGGGGUCUGAAAUGGACUAAUCUACUUCACAAUAUUUCUUAUGGGAACAAAUUCGGUCAGUACUGGCACCUGAACAUACUUCUGGAGUGAAAAAAUAUCGUUAACCGGGGAUCCACUGUAAUUUUCAAUUCAUAAACAAUUGCACAAUAAAAUAGAAUUUUUAACAUCUAUAAUAAAAAGUAUAACAAUGUGUGUGUGUACAGUAUAUUAAUAUUACUGUAUACACACACACAUAUAUACAUAAAAUAACUUAUCCUGAUCUUACUACUGGUACAGGUAAGUUAGUCCAUUUCCUAAGGUUUUCUCUAAAUUAACCCUCUGACUGCCGGUGUUGUCUUACGAGCCAGUGUCAGUGACCUAUUAAUAUGCCGAAAUUCUUGCAGCUUCAAAUCAAGUGGGAGAAAGCUGGUAGGCCCACAUGUGAGAGAAUGAGUCUUGUGUGGUCAGUGUGUGCAGUAUAAAAAAAUCCUGCAGCAUGCAGUAUAUAAAGGAGGAACACUGCAGUA